GGUAAUGUAAUGAAAUUUGUGGGAUCAUUUAAUAUGCCGCACCUCUGCCGAAUGGAAAGAAGAUUUUUUACCCUGGGAAUGAGCUGCCACAAAGGAUGAUGUAUCAAAAUAACUGUGGAUAUUCUGUGACUUUGUCUUCAUCAUCCAAACAACACGAGAGGGUGCAAUUUGGUCUCUGCGUUGUUAUAGAUCCAAAGUUUUUGGACUCUGUUUGGCAUGGUGUAUUAAGUGUUGUUUACACAGUCGAUAUUUUCACGAACGAGACUGUGAAAGAACUAGAUUAUUUCCAGGUUAAGGAGUUUAUACCUCGGCGUUAUGAAUUUUUUGGUCAACGGUCAAGCAAUUGUUUGGUCCUUCAUUCAGAACAUGUGGUCUUUUGGAGUGAGAGAAUUAAGGUCCCUUUAGAUAACAGGAAGACAGUCUUUGAAUUCUACGCUCUAGAUGAGGAAUUUCGUCGCAAUUACAACGCGAUUGUUAAGUAUGGCGUCCAUCCGAUUGUUAAGUGUGGCGUCCAUCCUCACCUUAGCUUUAGUAAUGCGGUAGGUGAGGAGGACGAGGUUGAGGAUGAAGAAAAGAGAAAGAUGAAGAGGUUGAGGAUGUUGUAGUCAGCGGUGGAAUUAGGGGGAGCCGGCCAGCCCAAGUAUUUUGCAGAGAAACUCCAUCUGAGUGUUAUUUCGGUACAUAAAAACUUUCAAUGAAUUAAAAAAA